AUGAAAUCAACAUCUUCAAUGGAGUUUAUAGACACUGCUCUCUUUGAAAGUAGCUCAUUUGAACUCUCAUACAAAGAUCCUCUCCAAAAAUGGGUAAUCCGAAAACAUUUUCUUAAACUUUUCCAAGAUUUCCCCUGUUUUAUACCAUCAACUAACAAAUUUGAUCAUUUUGAUGGUACUUCUAUGAAUCUUUUGAACGUUAAUGGUUUUCUUCAUGUCUCGGAUUUCUUACCUGAUGUUCCUCUCAUUAUUUGGCUUCAUGAAAAUUACCCUUUGGUGUCUCCUAUGAUCUUUAUCCCAUCUAACCCGGAUUGUCCAAUUCGCGAAAACCAUCCAUUUGUUGAUCCUUCUGGUGUUGUUACAACACCUUACUUAUUAGAUUGGGACCAAAAAAAGAGUAAUCUAUGUGAUCUUGUACACAACCUUGCAGACCUUUUUCAACUUGAGCAUCCUAGCCUGCCCAAGACUACAUUGAAAGCGACAAUCCAAGAUGAUCUAGACGCGAAGUUUUAUGAUGAUUUAGAUGUGAAAGAGACUAUCAUAGAUGAUCUUGUCAGGAAGAUUUCUGAUGAUUUGGCUGCCUUGGAUGUUCAAGUUCAAAAUGAUAUCGAGAGAGAGUCUAACACCCAAGUGAAGCUGAAAGAAAGAGGAGAUGUUAUAGAUGGUAAUAUUAGUAUUCUUAAAAAUGAACGCGACAAUCUUGAAAAAAGUGUGGCAGAAGUGGAAGAGUAUAAUGAUAAGCUGUCAGAUUGGUUGAGAAACACCCAGAAUGCUUCUUCAACUGCUGAUGUUCAAAUAGUUGGCGCCAAGUCGAAGAUGAUGGUAGAGUGUAAGGCUGCAAGCAAGGCAUUAGACGAUGUGCUAUACGCUUUGGACGAGGCUCUUGAACAAGGUGUGAUAAGUUUAGAUGUGUACAUGAAGCAAGUUAGGGUGGUAGCUAGAGAACAAUUUUUUCACAGAGCUAUGUUUUUCGAGUUAAAAACAUCCAGUUCCUAA